GCCGGCGCUAUCAGGCAGAUAAGGUCGCGCUCUCUUGCUAUCCGAGAGACGCGCGAGAAAGGCGCAACCUCCCGGGCAGUACACAGCCGCACCUGGCACCGCGCGCGACGACGUCGUUCGAAGUCAUCCCAUCUCCUCCGACCCAGACAACUAGCUGUCCGGACCCCCCCGCAGCGGCGAACAUGGUGGCCAAGACGGACGCGUCGACCGACAGCGCGCUCGAGAGCAAGAUCACGUGCGUCAAGUACACCUUGUUCUGCUUCAACGUCACCACCUGGAUCAUGGGCGGAGCCUUGUUCGGGCUGUCGCUGUGGCUGCGCGUGGAGCCCGGCCUGCAGGACUGGUUCGACAAGCUGACCCUGCAGGACGUCUACAAGGGCCUGUACAUCCUCAUCGCCGUGUCCAUCGCCGUCAUGAUCGUGUCCUUCGUCGGCUGCUGCAGCGUGCUCAUGGAGCAGACCCUGCCGCUCCUCGCCUUCAUCGCGCUGCAGGCGGUGUCGUUCGUGCUGAGCCUGGCGGGCUCGGCCGUGUUCCUGGACCUGAGCACCUACAACUCCAGCCUGCAGCCGCUCAUCCGGCGCUCCGUCGGCAACCUCAUCGCCAACUCGCAGUACGAGGCGCAGUCCGCCGUGCUGCGCAUGAUACAGGAGAACAUCGGGUGCUGCGGCGCGGACGGAGCCCAGGACUACGUGGUGAUGAGGAAGCCGCUGCCCACCGAGUGCCGCGACACCGUCACCGGCAACGCCUUCUACUACGGCUGCGUGGACGAGAUCACGUGGUUCCUGGAGGACCGCUCCAGCUGGGUCGCCGGCAUCGCCAUGACGCUCUGCAUGAUCAACGUGAUAAAUGCUGUGCUGACAAUCAUAUUUCUGCAGGCUCUGAGGAAAGAAGAGGAGGAAGUAAAGCAAUAAGAGAUGUCGAAAAUAAAACGAGACAUGCCUAACUGCGUGAAUUAUCACAACUCUGCAAUGCUGCUCUCUAAUAUCCCUGUUUCGGGAGCAUUUUGCAUUAAACAUUCCAAAUUCACGCUUCCGUCACUGAGCCAUUAGAGUAUCUUUAGAAAAAUUAACCAGAAACAUUGUCGACGCGUGCUUGGAGUGUAAAUUGGUGUUAGCAAAAAAAAAAUCCAUCACCAUUACAGCUCUCGUUAAACAUGCGUUAUCAAACGCUAUGCCGAGCUUUCAAAACAUAUCGUUGCCUAUUUGUCGCUUGGGCCAUAACUCUCGAGCACCAACACCCCCCCCCCCCUCCACCCAAAUGAGUUUCUGUGCCAUCAUUUGCAUGUCACUCAUCCAUGCACCCCAUAUGCGCUUCACAACAGUUAAAAAAAAAAAAAACCUUUCGUCAGACUAUUUCCUCUCAGCCAUUCAAAAAUUACUUUAUUAUUAGUGCGUCCGUCUGUUCGCUCAUUCGCUGGACACACAGCGCCCAAUGUACAUAUAUUAUUACUAAAUACGUGCUUCGAAUAAUAUCCCACAAAGUGAUUUUUUUGUUGUGUUUUACCGGAAUCACAUUGCUUUUAGAAGUGAAAGCAUACUAUAUAUAUAUAUAUAUAUAUAUAUAUAUAUAUAUAUAUAUAUAUAUACACAAACACACACACACGCCUAUAUAUAUGUAUGUAUGUCUGUGUGUGUGUCAUUUUACUUAGAAGCUAUAGGAGAACCCCGAAGUAUGCAUUUAGUUUAGCCCUUAGGAAGAUGCAAGAAAAGGUCUCCAUUGUAAUACCGUAUUUAUAAACAAUGUGGUGAAAAUGAAAAAAAAAAAUAUAUAUUAUAGAGUAGUUAACAGAAAAAAAACCUUUCUUAAUAAACUUAAAUAAUACAAUAUGAUAGAUUAUUCAGAAGUGAUAAAUAUAUUUAUGUAGAUUUUUAAACAUCUUCUGGCAUUUAGAAAUUA